CCCAGGAAUCAUAGCUGGAUCUUCCCCCCUCCCCUGAAAAAAAAAAAAAAAAAACCACAUCCAUUUUUUUCUGAAAUUUUCUAUGCAAUGUGCUCUUAUGUAUAAAAAAAAACAGCCACACGUCACAUCUACCACUGCACUCCAUCGCUACUCCCACUCUCUCCCCCAUUCUGGACUCACCACCCAACGCCACCACGUAGCCGUUGCUCUCUCCAUAAAUGGCUCUCCCGCCAUUUGCCGUUCUCCCAGGCCAUUGCGUUGGAUUCGUGUCAUCGUCUCCUAUUAGUUCGUCAAUUUGUUUUUAAAAGCAAAACCCAAUCUAAACCAAGAUAAAGAAAUACUCAUAAAAAUCGGAAGGAAAGCCGCAUAAUGCGCUCCGCCUAGGCUCCCAUUUAUAGCCGCCGCAGACCGCGGCGAAGGCGCCGCCUUGUCCUCCCGCGCUUGCCGGCGACCGGUGAGGAGAUGCCCUCCCUCGCCAUUCCGGCCGUCCUACGGCCGCCGCCUCCAACGACCGGACCGGGGCUCUCCGCUCCCGUGGACAUCGUCGGCCCGUGGCGGCGGAGCAUGGGGUUGGUCGCCGCCCGACCAUGCCCCCGCCCCCUACCCCCGAUCCUCGCCGUGGGCAAAGAGACCGUCGAGAUCGCCUCCGCCGAAGCCUCCAAUGGUUCUGUCUCAGGGAAAAGGAAUCUUGUGAUGUCCACUGUUGGGAAUUCGACAAACAUUGUAUGGCAUGAAUGUCUAGUUGGGAAGCUCGAAAGGCAGAAGUUGCUCAAGCAGAAGGGAUGUGUCAUAUGGAUCACAGGUCUCAGCGGUUCAGGCAAAAGCACAUUGGCAUGUGCACUGAGUCGUGAGUUGUACAGCAGAGAGUACCUGACAUAUGUCCUUGAUGGUGACAAUAUUAGACAUGGACUAAAUCGAGAUCUUAGUUUCAAAGCAGAAGACCGUGCAGAAAAUAUACGCAGAGUUGGGGAAUUAGCAAAGCUCUUUGCAGAUGCUGGUGUUAUAUGCAUAGCUAGCUUGAUAUCUCCAUACAGAAGAGAUCGUGAUGCUUGCCGUGCUCUACUGCCAGAUUCUACAUUUAUUGAGGUAUUCAUGAAUAUUCCACUAGAAGUUUGUGAAGCAAGGGAUCCAAAAGGCUUGUACAAACUUGCACGCGCAGGAAAGAUCAAAGGUUUUACUGGAAUAGAUGAUCCUUAUGAGCCACCCUUGGACUGUGAGAUAGUAAUAGAAGCAAAAGCUGGGGAGUGCCCUUCUCCAGUAGCCAUGGCCGACCAAGUGAUAUCAUACCUCAACAAUAAUGGCUUCCUGCAGGCAUAAGGGUAAUUGCUUUUUGUCCACAACUCGUGGACCCAUUCAAAGCUGUUUUCGGCUCUGCAGAUAUAACCGUGGAAACAACUGUAUAAGUUGUAUUAUUUGACAUCCGCAUUGUAGACUCCAAUAAUAACCGCCUACCUGCCUGCAGUUGUCUUGUAACAAUAUGUGCAUUUCUUCAGAUGUAAUCAUGUGCCCCAUUAGCUCGUCAAAUCAGUUUGCAGCUUGCAGACUUUAGCAUAUUACUUUGUGUUUGUGGGUCCCUGCCCCGUGUCUCAGCGUAUAAGAGUCGUAUAUGUAGUUCAAUUUCUUCAGGCAAUGCUUUGUCAGAAUUGCUAUGUACUAUAAUGUACACUAGAUUGCUUUGUCAUUCUGUUUUGUUUUGGAUGUGCAUUCAUGAGAAGAUCAAGGUUUU